CCACAAGUUGCUGUGCAAGCCACGGUUCUCUGAAUCCUCAAAACAAAACCACUAUUUAAGGACUCAUGUUUCUCACAACAGUCUUUUCUCAGCAACACCUUCACACACACACCUCAACACCACCUUUCUGAACCCUUCACUUCAUUGUCUCUAUCCCCUCCCUAUUCUCUCUUCAGUUACACACAUUCUCAGCGAAGCUUUGUGAUUCUAUAUUGCCACAUCCUUAUCUAAUCUUGUGUGACAGGACUUAAAAAGUGUGUGAUGGAAGCAAUGGAGAGCAAUCAGAGAAAUAUAAUGGAAGAGCAAAAGAUGUUGGACUUGCCAGCAGGGUUCAGGUUUCAUCCAACAGAUGAAGAACUCAUCACUUACUACCUCUCACAGAAGGUUCUUGAUAGCUGCUUCUGUGCAAGAGCCAUUGGAGAAGCUGAUUUGAACAAGUGUGAGCCAUGGGAUUUGCCUCGGAUGGCCAAAAUGGGUGAAAAGGAGUGGUAUUUUUUCUGUGUGAGGGACAGAAAAUACCCAACUGGUCAAAGGACAAAUAGGGCCACUGGUGCAGGCUAUUGGAAGGCUACAGGCAAAGACAAAGAGAUUCACAAGGCAAAGGCACUGAUAGGAAUGAAGAAAACUCUGGUUUUCUACAAGGGAAGAGCCCCACAGGGUGAAAAAACAAACUGGGUCAUGCAUGAAUACAGAUUGGAAAGUGAACAUCCUGUGCACAAUCUACCCAAAAAGGCCAUGAAUGACUGGGCCAUCUGCAGGAUUUUUCAGAAGGGUAACGGUGGGAAGAAAAUGCAGAUUCCUGGGUUGGUGAGGUUCAGCUCCUUUAGAAAGGACAUGCCACCACUGAUGGAUUCUUCUCCAUACAACAGUGAAGGAAAAUCUGUCAUGGGGGAUUCAUCACAUUCACAGGCAACAACCUGCUUCUCUGGUCCAAAUCAAAGUGAAGAACGAAGGACACAAGAUGAAAACAUAGUCGACAGCUUUGACAAUACUAUGUUUGCAUCCAAAUAUUCCUCAAAUAACCCCUCUGAUAUAUUUUCCCCUGCCUCAUGGAAUUUUACCAAACCUGCCCCUACUGUGUCCCACCAAUCACUCCAAUUUGGGAAUUCACAGUGCCCAGAUUAUUACAUGCUUCAAGAUCAUUCCAUGUUGGAGAUGUUGAUUGAAAACCAUGGAUCAAGUAUUCAGAAAGCUCAGGACAAGGACUCUUUUGAUGCUGACAUGUCCUCUGUUAUGUACAGCAAUGAAAUGCUUCAAAGAUCAUUUGGGAAUCAGGAAUAUCCACCAGCUUCUGUAGGACAUGUGUAUACUAGUAGUGGCCUAUGGGGAUUUUAAAGAAGGUUGAAGGACUCUAUGUGGUUAAAAAAUCAAAGAAAGUUUAGGGAAUAAUAUUAUUAUACAUGUAAAUAAGUUGCAUUAAAGUUAAAGUUAUCCUGAAAGUACAGGAAAUGGAUGUUUUAGGAGAAAUUAAAUUGUCAUUUUGGUUA